AUGGUAAAGGAGGGAAUUGUCCUUGGCCAUAAGAUUUCCGAGAAAGGGAUUGAAGUUGACCAAGCCAAGAUCGAUGUGAUUUCAAAACUCCCUCCUCCCAUCUCAGUUAAGGGGGUUCGGAGUUUCUUGGGGCACGCUGGAUUUUAUAGAAGGUUCAUCAAAGACUUCUCAAAGAUUGCAAAUCCAAUGUGCAAACUUUUGGAAAAGGAGUCGAAAUUCAAUUUUGAUGAAAAGUGCAUCAAGGCUUUUGAAGAGUUGAAGUUGAGAUUGACUUCAGCCCUUAUUGUUGUGUCUCCGGAUUGUUCUUUACCUUUCUAA